AUGGGCUAUCAUAUAGAGAGGCUGGUGAACGAGUACAACCAAAUCUCAGCCGGGACACAAUGGCAUCCAUUGUCCGUAUUUUCAGAGAAACCAACAGAUGUUUUCAGUGAAAAAGGUUGGGGUGUGAGUUACAAUCCUUCACACAUCUGUGCACUAAAGAACUCAUCAGUGAUAAUGAACUGCACUUAUACAUACCCUACUGGAUAUAAGAUUGAGAAAGUGUUCUGGACCAAAAACCCUGUAAAGUGUAAAGAGUCUCCAGAUCUGUCUGAGGAUCCUGAAUACAGUCAGAGGCUUCAGUAUCUGGGAGACAAACAGCAGAACUGCACCAUCAGACUGAGUCAUGUGACACAGAAGGACCAACACAUGUAUUGUUUCAGAUUCAUCACUAAUGACACAAAAGGAAAAUGGACUGGUGAUCCAGGAGUGACUCUCACUGUCACAGAUCUUCAGGUGGAGGCUCCUGAGAGAGUGACAGAGGGUCAUAAUGUCAGUCUGACAUGUAAAAGCAGCUGCACUCUGACUGACAGAGCAACAUUCAUCUGGUACAGAAACUCACAGCCAUUAACUGAGAGAAGAGACAGAAACAAUCAACUCCUGCUGCAGUCAGUCAGAAGAGAGGAUGCAGGCAGAUACAGCUGUGCUCUACAUGGACACACUUACAUCUCUCCUGCUGCUCAGCUCAAUGUCUCCUAUCCUCCCAGGAAUGUGUCAGUGUCUAUAAGUGGAUCUGGUGUAAUAGUGGAGGGAGAUUCAGUGACUCUGAUCUGCAGCAGUGAUUCAAACCCUCCUGCUCUGAACUUCAGCUGGUUUAAGGAGAAUCAAAGCUCAGCUGUUGGAUCUGGACAGAGUUUCAGUGCACUACAGAGUGGACGCUUCUACUGUGAGGCUCACAAUCAACAUGGAUCUCAGAGAUCAGACGCUGUUACUGUCACUGUUAAAGGACGUCUGGUGAUUUUGUACAUAUCUGCUGGAGUGGUUUGUGGAGCUGCAGUUAUAAUAACAAUAUUGCUGAUUUGGUAA